GAUGAAAUUCAACAAAAAUAAUUUAAAUCUUCCAAUCGAAACAGGCCGUGAAAAACCAUAUACAACGUUGAGACUUUCUAGAUUUCAGUAAGGUGAUGUACACUGUUGAGUUCACACGGCUUCGCUUGGGGAUUUCCGUAUACAAAAAUUUAAUUUUCCAGUUUUUUUUUCGGAACAAACAGUUGAAAUUUUCUUUUAACUUCAGGACAAGCGUUCUGUCGCUGUCGCCGAGUGUGGUUCGGUGGAAGGCGCGCACAAGAAUUGUGCGUCUCGAGUUCAGACGUUGUUACAACUCGAGUGCGACCGAACUCGCUGCGCUAAUUAUUGAUCAAGAAAAUAAUACACGUUAUACACCAAUCAGUUUUCCAACUUGAUUUAUUACAACAAUGCCACGAACACGCAGGGGGGCUAAUUUGAGUCGUCAAACAAACAGAUCUAGAGGCAUGCAAGAUAGAAGAGCAAUAAGAUCAGAUGCAGAAAGGCAACAAAGUAAUGCAGAUGUCCGUGUAAGAAUGGCGCAGUUACGUGCAUCACAAUUACAAGAGGCAAUAGAUGAGCGAAACCAACAAAGACAAUUGGAACGAAGAGAAGCGCGCAGAUUCGUAGCCAACAGACGUAGAGUGAUUGACCAACAUCAACAAGUACUUCGAGCAUUUACAUCACAUUCAUUUCUUCGACUAGCAUUUCAGUAUGAGCCUGAUGUUGAAUAUUACGCUCAUUCCAAAGUGGUAAUUGGUACAUUGGACAAGGAAUGCCCGCACUGUCAAGCCCUUAAAUUUAAAAAUGAGCCAAUUGGGAUGUGUUGCUCAUCAGGAAAAGUGAAACUUCCAGAAAUUAAAACACCGCCGGAACCAUUGCACGGCCUCCUUAUUGGUACUGAUCCAAAUUCUUCGCUGUUCUUGCGUUCAAUUCGGCAAUUCAAUUCAUGUUUUCAAAUGACAUCGUUCGGAGCAACGGAAAUAGUUAAAAAUACUGCUGCAAAUGGUCAACAAUUUAAUUCCACAUUCAAAAUCAAAGGCCAAAUUUACCACAAAGUCGGCUCAUUACUACCAAUGCCAAACGAACCUUAUAAAUUUUUACAAAUUUACUUUAUGGGUGGCGACUAUAAUCACCUCAAUUCACCAUUUGCAACGCGCAUUGUCAGCGAGCUGGACGCUCUGUUAAAUGAGCACAACGAAUUGUUGAAAUUAUUCAAAUCACAUAUGCAUAAGCUACAAAGUGACAAUCACGCUAUUUUCAUCAAUCCUGAUAGAACACCAGCUGGAGGGCAUAUACGUCGAUUCAACGCACCUGUUGUUGAGGACGUGGCUGGAAUCAUGGUUGGCGACCAUACAGCUACGCGACAAAUCGUGAUUCGAAGAAGAAAUAAUUCUCUUCAGUCCAUUCCUGAUACCCAUCGUUUAUAUGAUGCUCUCCAAUAUCCACUCAUUUUUUGGAAGGGACAAGACGGAUAUUGCAUAAACCUUAAGCAACGAGAUCCGGUAACAGCAAUAAAAUUACCAACCGCAAUUUUAAUUUUUCAAAAGCGGGCACAGCGAAGCGUGGCAGGGCAUGUGAACAUGCGCGUUCAAACGCUUCAGGAUCCAUCCGCCGAAACUUUUUCGAAACAGCUAUUAGAUAUUGGCAAUGGGAAAGUUGCCGUACAUGAAAAUACUGGAUCAAUAAAAUUACCAACCGGUUUUUGCACAAUCGUCCACUCGCAAGAUGUUCUCAUCGACUGUAUAUUUCCCGAUGUACACACACAAUAUAUAAAUCUUGAGUGGCUGGCAGAAAGAGCCAUUUUAGUAGCGAAAAAUGUGGACGUUCAUGGAUUAAAUUUCAAGAUACAACAAUUGUUGCCAACAGACUCUGUGUCAUACAAAUCUGUUGAUACAGUUUGCAAUACUAUUGAAGCUGUAAAUUACCCAGUAGAAUUUUUGAAUUCCUUGGAUUUGCCAGGCAUGCCACCGCACCACUUACAAUUGAAAGUAGGAUCUCCGGUGAUUUUGCUCCGUAACUUGAACCCAGCACGGCUGUGCAAUGGCACACGAUUGGUUAUUAAAAAAUUAAUGAAGAACGUGAUUGAGGCCACCAUUUUAAAUGGCAAGUUUCAAGCUAAAAGGUAACACGAAAUUCUUUGACUGUUAGGCGUUACGAAGUUCGCCGGGUUUGCUAGUAU